AUUUGUGUAAUACUUGUGUUUGGAAUUAAUGUUGUAUUUCCUACAGAACACAUCAGAUUGGCGGGCUCAAAUGAAUACUGCUCUGGAAGAGUGGAAAUAUAUCACAACGGUGUCUGGGGAACAGUCUGUGAUGAUUACUUUGACAACAAUGAUGCUGAGGUGGUCUGCAGACAGUUAGGUUGUGGUCGACCAUCAACUGUUCAUGCAUCCGCCUACUUUGGUGAAGGCACUGGAGAAAUCUGGCUGGAUAAUGUGGGCUGUUCAGGAAAUGAAGCUUCUCUUUCUCAGUGUUCACACAGUGGAUUUGGGUCAAACAACUGUGAGCAUAGUGAGGAUGUGGGUGUCACUUGUACAUUUCAUCAAAUCGACCCAUAUCUGUCAUGCAGUGGAAAUGUUCAAAUUUACCAUGAUUUUGGAUUGAGACCUGUCAGCUAUAAUGGCUUUGAUAUGAAUGGUGCAAAUGUGGCCUGCAGACAGAUGGGCUGUGGUCCAGCAUCAUCGACCAGUUAUUAUUACCAUGGCUACAACGUGCUGCUGGAUGGUGUGAGCUGUUCAGGAAGUGAAAUUUCUCUUAACGAAUGUCAGCACAGCAAUCCUUGGACAUACCGCUCUGGAUAUGGAUAUCAAGCUUAUGUUGCUUGUUCAGGUUAUCCAGUCCGAUUAGUUGGGCCAUCUCGGUGUGCUGGACGUGUUGAAAUCUACUAUAAUGGAUGGCAAACUGUAUGUGAUGAUGGCUGGGACUUGAAUGAUGCUCAGGUGGUCUGCAGACACCUGGGCUGUGGUACAGCACUGGCUGCCACUCAUUCAGCCUACUUUGGAAAAGGGCCAGAUAAAAUCUUGCUUGAUGAUGUGGCCUGUACGGGGAGUGAAACACAUCUGACUGAUUGUUCACACAGAGGAUAUUUAGUACAAAACUGCACUCACAAUCAGGAUGCUGGCGUGAUCUGUUCAGCUGGCCUGAUCAGAUUAAUUGGGCCAAAUAGAUGUUCUGGACGAGUUGAAAUCUACAACAAUGGAUCUUGGGGAACAGUCUGCAAUAACAGCUGGGACAUAAACAACGCUAGAGUGGUCUGUAGACAGCUUUACUGUGGUACAGCACUGAGUAUCCAUCACUUUGGAGAGGGAUUUGGACAAAUCAAUGAAGUGACCUGCACAGGGAGUGAAAGGCAUCUGUCUGAGUGUUCGCACAGUGGAUUUGGAGCUCAGCACUGUAAUCAUAGUCAGGAUGCUGGUGUCAUCUGUUCUGGUCCCAUAAAGCCCAGCAUCAGCCUGAAUCCUCAAGGUCAAAUCAUCUUGGGUCAGAAUGUCAACAUAACUUGUUCUCUGCCUGGCGGAAAUGUAGAGGGGAUGUUUAUCUUCAAGAAGAGCACAGGCACAUUCAACCAGGCUGUGAACUCAAGCAGCAGCUCUGCGACUAUCAAUAUCCCUUAUGCCACUUUUAAUGAUCAGGGAGGGUACAAGUGUCAGUUUCAAAUCAUGCUUCCCAAUGAAAACUUUAGCACCCCAUUUAGUGACCUGUUUCAGCUAACGGUGAACUUUCCAAGACCCAGCAUCAAUAUUGAUCCCACUGGUGUGAUCAGCGCUGACCAGAAUGUUAGCAUCAUUUGUUCAGUCACUGAUCAACAAGGAGGAGGAUCAUUUCUCUUCAGCAAGUAUCCAGGAACCUUCAAUCAGACGGUGAACUCAAGCACCGGCUCUGCUACUUUCUAUAUCCCUCGAAUUACCUUUGAGGAUGAGGGAUGGUACCGGUGUCUGUUUAAAGUGAGGUUUUCUAAUGAGGAAUUCAGUACCAGCUUCAGUGACUAUGUCCAGCUGUAUAUAAAAGGUGUUCUACCGAAGCCCAACAUCACAGUGCAGCCUGCCGGUCUGGUUUCCUGGGGUCAAACCGCCAGCAUCACUUGUUUAAUUACGAAUGGAUUGAAAGGAUCGUUCGACUUCACAAAGACCCCGGGUCCUUUCAGUCUGAAUGUAAUCUCAAGCACAAACUCGGCUACUUUCCAAAUCCCACAAGUCCGCUUGGGAAAUGAAGGAUUGUAUCAGUGUCGGUUUCAAAGAACAAUUUCGAAUGAAUAUUUCCAGACCAACUUUAGUGACCCUGUCUGGCUAGCUGUGAACCUUUCAACACCCACCAUCACCUUGGAUCCUGCCGGUGUAGUGAUGUGGGGUCAGAAUGUCAUCCUCACGUGUUCAAUCACUGAGGGGCAAGCAGGAGGAUCAUUCAUCUUUAGGAGAACGCCAGGUCCUUUCAGCCAGACUGUAAACUCAAGCGGAAACUCUGCUACCUUCCUCAUCUCCCAAGUUGGCUUGAGAGAUGAGGGAUUGUACCAGUGUCAGUUUCAAAGGAGAGUUUCUGAUCAAGACUUCAACACCAGCUUAAGUGACACAGUCCAACUAUCUGUGGUUCUUCCAAAGCCCAACAUCACAUUGGAUCCUGCUGGCGUGGCUGUUAUCGGUCAGACUGUCAGCAUCUCUUGCUCGGUCUCUGAGGGCCAAGUAGGAGGAUUAUUUAUCUUUAACAAGGUCCCUGGUUCCAUCACCCAUGUUAUAAACUCAAGCAGCAGCUCAGUUUCAUUCCAAAUCCCUCAAGUCAGCGUGGUGGAUGAGGGAUCGUAUCAGUGUCAGCAUCAGAGAAGGGAUUUUAAUCAAUACUUGAGCACCAACUUGAGUGAUUCUAUCCUGCUAACUGUGAACUACCCAAAGCCCAACAUCACCAUUGAGCCCACGGGUGUGGUUAUGUGGGGUGAGGAUGUCAACAUUACUUGUUGGUUCAGUGUGGACAUAGGAGAAGGAUCAUUCAUCUUCACAAAGUCAUCAGGUCCUUUCAGCCAAACUGUGCACUCAAGCAGUAGCUCAGCUACUUUACAUAUUCAACGAGUCAGCUUUGAGGAUGAGGGAGUGUACCAGUGCAAAUUUCAAAGUACAAUUUCUGGCACCGACUUUAGCGAUCAAGCCCAUCUGAAUCUGACUGUGAUCCUUCCAAAGCCAAGCAUCAUCAUGGAUCCUGCAGGUGUAGUUGGCUUUGGCGAGCUUGUCGCUAUCACUUGUUCUAUCUCGACUCAAUAUUUAGGCGGAUCAUUCACCCUGGAGAAGACCUCGGCAUCAUUCUAUAAGACCCAACUAUCAAGUACCAACUCCUCUACUUUCAGAUUUCUUGAAGCCAAUUCUAGUCAUGUGGGAGAUUACAGGUGUUAUUAUAAUAAAACUCUGGAUCAUCAAACCUUUAUCUCCCCUCUAAGUGACAUUGUCACAAUUUCUGUUACUGGUGGCUAAAGUGCAUGUUGGAUUAGCAAUCCACCUGACCCUUCCUUAAUGUAAUUACAUUUGCUGUUUACUCUGGUUGUUUCUAUUUCAUCGAUAGCUAUCCUAUUCUAUUCUAAUCUAAUCAAUUUAGUAUGUGACUGACGCAUACAUUGUCACUCUAUGUAAUCAUAUAACUGUCUGUGCUGCUGCAAUUUUAGAUCAGACAUGGCAGAUGCUAAAUAAAUCCUGCAAGUAAAUGAAAAUGUAAUAGCUGUGUUUCACAAAAUUGAUGAGAUGUAAAAAAUCAUAAAAUGGCCCCUGUUUGACCUUCUAUAAAAGGUUUAGGUAACCAUUCUGUUAGAUGGAUGAAACCUGGUCCUCCAUUGUCUCUACACUGAACAAGCUGUUGGAGUUACUUACAGAUUCUCCAAACGGAGACCAGGAAGUAUGCUGACACUGCAUAGGUUCUCCACUCAACCCAAAAACACCACCCAACACAAAGAUGAACUAUCCCUUUAACUGCUACACGUGGGUUGGGGUUGAAUUUCAAGCUGCAGAACAGCACUACUGGAGGUCUGUGGAGACUACUACUCCACAUUAUUAAGCUUUAAGCUAUUUUUCGUUAUUUUUGUACAAAAUAAUCCUUAAACCCAUUUUUUUUUUGCAACUAUGGUAGAUAACAGUUGCAAAUAAACAAAUAAAUAAUAGAGUGAGUUCCAAAAGUCUCCAGAGUAAAUUUCACAUGGGUUUCUCAUGAUUUUGUCCAAACAAUUCUGAAGUCUUUAUCUAAUAUUAUAUUGUAUUUUAUCAGAUCUUCUAACGCAAGCUGAUACUUGAUGAAUGGAAUACCAUAUUAUAAGGCAAGCUUGUCAAUUCCUUUUUUAUACCUACAGAUUUGUUUAUAUUAAAGAAAAUCUUUACACUUUUAAAAUGUACCUUUUUAUCUCUUUCAUUUGAAAUAAUACAACUCAACCAGAUGUCUUAUAGUUACCCAAGUUUGACCUGGAUUUGUCAUAAAUUGUCUUUAACUUUAAAAGGCGACACAUUCAAAUGAAAGUACAGUAGUCUGUCCUCUCUGAUUCCUCAUUAGAACCAUUAAAAAAAUCCAGUUUAUUUUCAUCUGAAAAAGCUUUUUUUGAAGUAUUAACUCCACAUUGGUUGAGCAUGUCAUAUUGUUAAAUUAGAUUUUUAAGUCCUUGUAUUCAACACAACCUUUUCCAAUGUAAUGAUUUUUCUUUUGUAUAAUUUUGCCUAAAAAUGUGUAAUGUUGCGGAGUACUGUUUGUCGUUUUUAUUUUAUUUUUUCCAUGCUAUUGUUUUUGACCUCAGUUGCAACAUCUCUGCCAUCUUCAAUCAUCUAUCAGACAUGAUGAUUUGUUUUUCAUGGAUCCCAUUUCCUAAAACCCUGUUUUUUUUGUCUGCUACUGACACUACAUGGACUGUUUGGGAACUGCAAACAUUUGCUUUUAAGGAAACUGAAAUUUGCUCUACAUCUUUUGAAUAUUAAUUUUAAUAAAUGUUAAUGUAUUAAAAUG